CAGAGACAGAGCAGGAGACUGGCAGCAUCUGUCCAGCUCCAAGAUCAACUCUUCCAAAAGUAGUGACUACAGACUGUUCUUCAACCUCGGAGAAGGCAGAUAAUGAUGAUGAGACUCAUACUUCUCGCCCUCCUGUGUGGAGGGGCAUCUCAGGUGGUGCGUCACUCUCUGCGAUACCUGCACACUGCCGUCAGUUCCUUGUCGGAAUUCCCUGAGUACACUGAUGUGGGUUAUGUGGAUGAUCAGCAGUUUGUUUACUAUGACAGUAAGAUCCAGCAGUACACCCCGCGGCAGCGCUGGAUCAUGGAGAAUGUGGGAUCGGAUUACUGGGAUCAGAACACACAGAAACUGCGCGGCUGGCAGUCGUCGGGAAAGGUCGCUAUCCAGACGCUAAUGGAGAGGACCAACCAGAGUGGGGGGAUUCACACCUACCAGCUGGUAUACGGCUGUGAGCUCCAGGAUAAUGUCCCCAUCAGUGGGUUUCAUCAGCACGGCUGGGACGGACGGGAUUUCAUCAGCUUCGACAAGGACAGGAUGGUGUGGGUGACCCCUGUCAGCUGGGGGGAGAGCACCAAAAAUAAAUGGGACGAGGACUCGGGAUUAAACAAACAGAAGAAAGGUUACCUGGAACAGGAGUGUAUUGAGUGGCUGAAAAAAUACCUUCAGUAUGGAGCGAAAGAACUGAAACCAGUGAAACCCUCUGUAACCCUGACCCCUGUGAGGGAGAAUAAAGAUCUCUCCUGUAUCACCACUGGCUUCUACCCUCAGGCCAUUGAGGUGAAUCUGUUCCGGGAUGGAGCGAAGAUUAAUGAAUUACAAUCGACUGGAAUCCGACCCAAUCACGAUGGAUCCUACCAGAUCCGCAAACGGAUGGAGUUUGACCCAAAUUCCCAGGCCAAGUAUUCCUGCGAGGUGGAACACAGCGGAUUGGGGCAGAAGCUGGUGGUGUUUUAUGAACCAAAGAGUAGCUCCAAGCUGCCGGUUAAAAUCGGUCUUGUCGUUGCUCUCCUGCUAAUUGUUGCUGUCAUCGCUGGGGGUGUCUGGUACAAGAAGAAAGCAGGCCAGAAUACUGGCUAUAACCCAGUGAAGACUUCUUAUCAAAGGGAAUCUUCCUCAAGCUCCUCUGCCACUGACUAG